AUGUCGCUAUACGGAGGUAUCAAGUUUGGUCUCGACAACGGGUCAUCUUCCGUGUCACCAACCUCUGCCGAUCCGGCUCCUCCCCCUCCCCCUCCUUCAGAAGUUGCUCCCCCAGGUGAGUCUGUCAACGAUAUAAACGUACGUAUGCUCAUAUUCACAGGCCCUCCUCCAAAAGGCACCACCCCCCCUGCCGCUGCCGCUGCCUCCUCUUCUGCCGUCCAGGCUGCCAAAAUGCCCAAAAGCACCGGGCCAGAAUUCUCGGCCUCCUUAAAGUUCGCACCACGCAUAGCCAAGACCAAAACGAUGAUCCCUCGUCCGACCGGACCGACGACAGUCUACGCUGCGCUUCCGGUUGUGCGUGAUUCACCGCCUGUAUCCAUGACAAAAGAAGAGGUGGCUUUUGGUACGGAUGGGAAACCGCUGGAAAGGGCUCCGGCGAUGACGUUGAAGAUGAAGCCCACCAGGGCGGAGUUGGGCAAAAGGGGCAGAGAUGGGGAUGGGUCAAAGAAGAAAAAGAAGAAGAAGAAGCGGCUGGAACUACCGUCUAUGGUCGUCCAGCUGUUCGAUCCCGAAGAGCAAUAUGAUCCCAAUAGGCCCAACGAUCUAGCAGAGUAUCAACAAUACCGCCGGCGACUGAAGGAAGAGAAACGGGCCAAAGCCUUGGCAGAGAAGAGCAGACGGAUGAUGGGCGAUAGCAGCUCUGGAAGCGAGUAUGAGACGGACAGCGAGGAAGAAGCUCCCAGGAGGGAUGCUCCAAAAAUGUUUGCCCCUCCGAGAAUAUAUUCGCCUCCCGCAUCCUCCAAACCACUCCCCCUGAAUCCACCACAAAAGACUGACGUAGCGAUGACCGGGGACGAUGCCUAUGCUAGACGAGCGGCUAUGGUACAAGCAUCAACUGGGGACGAUGCCUACGCCCGUAGACUGGCUCUGUCGCAAGCAAAGCCUCAAGACCAGGCGUCGGUAUCUGCAGCGGAGUUAGCGACGAUGCCGUCCUAUCCCCCGCCUCCUCCGCCAGAAGAUGCAGCACCACCACCUCCCAGUUCCUCCUUCAUUCCACCGCCAGCUUUUGCCCUCGCAGCACCAUCUGAUCCACCUGUACCGAUACCUCAACCGCCGCCGAGUGAUAUUGACAAGUUGAUCGCGGAAAAGCGGCAGGCCGCUCAAGCCAUCGCCGACAAGCUCACGGCCUUGGCCCCAAAACCCGCCGGCGAGUUACCGCCAUUGGAAGAAGGGUGUGUUGCUCUUAUAGUAUGUGUGACUCUGCUGACGACCAGAUCCGGAGGCACAUGGGCGGAAAGACACAUGCGCCGGCUUGGACACAAGGAGGGUCAAGGUCUAGGGGCGUCUUCAACUGGUAUCGUCCAUGCUCUUGCGGCAGAACAUGUUGUGGCUCCUCCCAAACCUGCGGAUCCUAAUCAACCGUUGUCCAAACGGGCAGUUGCGAGGCAAAAAGCGGCGGCGGCCAAUGAGAAGAAUGCUAAUCGACGAUGGGUGCAACAUGGGACGAACAGAGGUCGGAUCGUCAAUGCCAACGAAGAUGAGAGGCAGAGGGUGGAAAAGGAGAGAUUGGGAGAAGCGAGCAGGGUGAUUGUUUUGACAGGAAUUGUGGACAAUGAAGAGGAAGUAGACGAAGAGUUGUCAGAAGAAAUUGGAGAGGAGUGUUCGAAUUACGGUAUCGUCGAACGUGUCGUCCUGCACAUGGCAGAGCCAGUCCCAGAAGAUCCUUCAGAAUGCCUGCGGAUUUUCAUUGUCUAUUCCGGUAUGGCUGGAGCAUGGCGAGCAACUAGGGAGCUCGAUGGACGAUUCUUUGGUGGCAAGAAACUGCGAGUACGAUACUUUGACGAGGGCAGAUUUGACAGAGGCGAACGAGAUGGACCUCUGAUCUAA